AGGUAUCACUCCCACGGAAAAUUUGAUCUUUUGGAUACUUUUUUUUUUGUUCGAUUUUUUAUGUUUCAAUAUAUGGCGCGACAUCCAAAAAUAUGAAUUGCAGUUAGUAAAUUAUGUUGGCGUAGCGUGAUGCUAAUGCUCCGGCCAAAGAGAUGAUCCAGGUUUUCGUGGCGCACCAUUGACGGACACGCCGGAAGUUCUAGGAAAGGACGUGCGCCAAUCGUCCUGUAGGAGAAAACGGAAAAUCGUGGAGAAACAAGACGCCAACGACGAACAUCGAGGGAGAUCUGUAAUUAUAGGAUCCACUACGGCCUGCUUGGCACCAGCGGAUCACCGCGAUGGCCGCGGCUGAGCUCGAAACAGUGAAGGCUGAGAAGUAUCAGCUUCAGCAAUAUGCGGAUAAAGUGACGAAGGAGCUGCACCGGCUCGUCGAGUCGGGUAUCAUUAUGAUAUUUCUGGUCGCUGAUUUCAACUUCGGGUACUCAGCUUUAAUCGAUCCAUCGCAGAAUAGCAUGUGAUCUAUAGUUUUCUUUGGCUCUCUCUAGCUUUUCUUGCUGCCCCUUUUGUCUUCAGGCUUCUAACUUCUCAAAACUACAGGCGGCUCAGCGUCCUCAACAAAGCGCGAUGAUUUGGAGCCACCAGUGAACUUGCCACCAUGGGCUACGAACAUGCAGUUGAUGAGCCCGCUAAUCCGGGUGUAUGAGGAUAGAGUACGAGAAUUGGAAACCAUACUAGGGAAGUCAGCUGGCUUGGCAGAGCAAGCGGCGGCACUCACAAAUGAGAAUGAGGCGCUUCGCGAAGAACUAGUUCAAAAAAGCGAGCAUAUAGCACAGCUUCAAAGCAGGGAAUAUCUUGGCGGUAUACGUAUGAAUAUCUAAUAUAGCUUGGCGACCACAGAUUACCCGACGUAAUUACUUAGGUUUCUGUGUUUCAUCGUAACUUUUUUUGAUUGCUCGCUUAGAAAUGUUGAUGAACUCUUUCAUGCACAACAGUGUCCGUAUUUUUCUAGCAUAGUUUACAAAAACAAACAUCUAGAAGGUUCUUCAAGUAGCGCUGGGGGACUCGGUGCAGCGCAGGUGAGAAGUCGGUUUGAGGAGGAGCGGGAUGAGGUCGACGCUCUAUAUCGCAUGAGCAUUGAGCAGAACGAGGUGUUGGCUCAACAAAAUGUGCUUUUGAAAGCGCAAAUAGAGAAAAUGAUGCUCUCACUGCAGUUAUGGAGGAUGUGGAUUUAUGCUGCUGUUUGACACAAUUAUGUCCGUAGCCUUCGAGGCGAAUAUUUACAGUGCGAAAAAGAACGGCAACAACUGUCGACAAAUGAUAGCUCAAUCUAGCCUCCAAAUUCAAUCUUCCUCUCGUGGAUAUUGCCAUACACCGAGCAAUGAUGAAUAUAGGGUACUUCUAACUCAAGAAAUGGAGCCACUGCGGCGGCGGGCACGACAAAGCGAGGAGGUAGAACGACAGCGCGCCGCGGCUGAGGAAGAACUCGAGCGCGUGCGCCAGCAGCUAGCCUUGAAAGUAGACGAGGUGAAGACAGCAGGCGAAAAUGUCAAAAAAAGCAUGGGUCGCGAACGAGAAUGGGAGAGAAAGUUUGAAGCCCUUCGUGAAGAAUCCGACGAACGCGUGGAGAGGAUAAGUGCAGAAAAUUAUGGCCAUCUGAGUACAUCACGAAACACAUUUGAUUUCAUAACGCUCCCGCAUGUUCUUGAAAAAAAUCAUAUUUUUAACUAGAGAUGAGAGUGCUGAUGUCUAUCCAUUGAAGUCCUCAGCCUCUCUUUCAUAAUAUCACGGAGUCUCUGCAGCAGUACCAGGAGUUGAGCGAGGAGCUUGCGGAAAGGCGGAGCAAAUACCUGGUUUUAGAACGGGAAAGCGUGGAGCUGAGCGAUAAGUUUCAGAAGGCACGACGGGAGGCCGAGACGCUAAAGACAGAGAGUCAAAACAUGCUAUGAAAACAGGACUGAUGGUGCCGUUCGAGUAUGAAGGAAGUCUUUCGUUCGAGAAGUACAACGAAAUAUACUUCUAGUAUGGUGCAAUUACACGACAAUUUCUCGCUAUUAAACGUAUUUUUCCCUUAGCUAGAGCUACAAAAAUGUACUUCCUAUCCUUCACAUUUGGUCCUCCUUUCUCACGUGCCAUUAGUUAUCUGUUCUAAUCAGACUGAUCAUGAUGGAGCAGUUGGAGAAAAAAGAGAAGACAACGCGAGUAAACGCAGAGGACUUGAAAGCCAAGCUGGACGUUGCGGAAAAGGACCUAUCAGAGCUCUUCCUAGAGAAAACGAAGCUAGAAGCUCUAGAAUCCACAGUAAGGGAAGGGGCAGACGCAUCAGAGCGAAAACGGAAAGGGGAGAUGGACGUACUAGGCAGUUAAGAAUACUAUAAGAAUUAUCCCCUCCCCUUGCUUCAUAAUCUUCGUAAUUUCUCAUCAUUUUCCCUCCUUUCUUCUGGUCCCGCGUGCAAAUUCUGCAUUGUCCGGUCGCCGUGUGUAAAAAUAGUAUACAAGCCUUUCUCAAAUAAUCAUCAGUGUGUUACUUCUGCUCCUGGCUUGCCAGGGUAUAUAAUAUAUUUCCUCAGUUGUAUAAUAUAAUCAAUACGCAAAUAAAGACAACCAGGUAAUGCUUGAGGAAGUGCGAAGGGCGACAGAGGGUCAGUUGGAAUUGCGACAGAAACGGAUAGACGAUCUGGAAGAUCAGUUAUCCAAAGCCGGCGCGCUCACUCUGGAUCUUCAAACAAAGUACUUUUCGAUCAGACUUUAUAAGCACUUGUUUAACCACGCCCUACCUAGCGAACAAAAUCUAGAACGCUUGUUUCUCUUCUCUGGUUAGGAAAGUAAACAUAUCGACCUCUAUGUAUCUUCUUUCUCAGGUAUGAUUUUCUCGUAAAGCAGCACGCGCACGAUCAGAGUGCUUCCGAGUCCAGACUGCAGUCUGCCGAAAAAAUGAUAACCGAUCUGAGGCACGACCUCGAAGAAAUGCAGAAACGACGCCUUUCACUAGAGGAAGAAGUAGCUAGAAUUGAUAAAAUUCUUAUUAGGCGUCUUGAAAGAAUAUGAGACUUCGUUGUACUUGUUAUCUUCCUAUGAGAUGGUGGUACAAGUGUUCGUGAGUGAAAUUUCUUUGAUCGAUGGAAUAAGUUGUGGCUCGAGCAGUACUCUGGAGAGUGUAUUUCCUUAUCGAUUUUUUCUCUCACAAAGGUUUUCUCGAAGAGUUCGGAAUUGCAGCGACUCGGUGAGCAAUUGCAGCAGAGUUUAAGGCCUUAGCUAAUGCAUGCAAAGUCAGUUUUGUUGUUGCCUUUCAGUUUUGACAUCUGAUAGGACUCUAAAACUAGGCUGUGGCGGCCACUGGUGGAAAUUUUUGAUUAUGACGAUUCGGAUUCCAAGAACCUAAACCUGUCUAAAAACUACGGUGCUGCAAAAUCGUCAACUCCAACGAAGUACCGAGAGCAAGGCUGAACUCACAGGGUCUCUGGAGAACUUCAGGCAGAGACUACAGGCAAAAGAAGAUACCUGUGUCGUGACUGAGCGCCAGAAUGAGGUGCUAGUCAAACGUGUGGCCGACCUUCAAAAACAAGUUCUGUUAUGUCUUGUUGUUGUAGGAGUUGCAUUUCAUAUCACUCUCGCGAGUAAUAGGACAGAGUAAUUAAUAACUGCCUUCUAUAUAUAAAGGAUGUCUCCCUGGUGCUGCCGCUGUUGCUAAUAGAGUAGUCUUUUCGACGUAUCUCCAUAGAUUCUUAUCGUAGAACCUUCUUCGCCGUGCUGUGAAUCACAACAAACUGAUUUAUGAGGCAGUCUUAGCAAACUGAUUUUUUGAAUUUCGCAGCCUUAGCAAGAGGCAGUGCUGGCAAUUUAAUGUAGCCUUUGGAAUUGCCAGCUGUGCUUAGUUUUCCUUUUUCAUAGUAUUCGCGGGAGCGGGAAUACAGUACGAGCCUCGACGACGAGCGUAGAAAGUGGGAUACGGAAAGAAACAGUCUCCUGAGCAAGCUAAAAGCACUCGCAACGAAAAGCAAAGCAGGGGAACAGCGAGCCAUCGAGCUCCUAAAAGUGAUACCAAUCUCACUUCCUCUUGAUACUAAUUUAGUAAAAAUCAUACAUGAGUACAACUAUGUUUGGGAGUCAACAUCUCAACACUACGACCAGUUAUUUGUCCAAGCCCACAGAGAAUGAAAUCUAUUAAUUUUAAAGAUAUACUCGAAGCCAAACGAUGCUUCUACUCUUAAGGUAUUGACUAUUUCCACACGACGUUUAGAGGAUGUACCCAUGGGUGAGCAUGCACCCCAGAGCCAUGGGUACUAGCCUUACUUCUAAACGUGAGAGCACUCAUCUUUCGUUCCUCCUUGAUGAGACCUCUGGCGGCAGUAGUGUGGUUUUACAAGUGCGCAGUGAUUAAGUUCUUAACCCUAUUCUACUUCCUACUUACUUGUACUAAAGCUCUUCUUUAGUCUGUCGCCGCUCUAUCGCACUCGUCGACUCGCUUUCGUGUCAGUAUUUUUGUCUAAGUCUAGUCGCCUCUUCGAAUCCAUUAAUGUCUUCAUCUUCUCUCACAACUACCCACAACUACACACACAAGACUUAGAAGGUACCUCUUCACGAAACUUGCCGCAGCAGCUACGGAGACUUGACGGAAGUCCUCUCUACCUUUUUACUUCAUAGAAAUACUGACUUUGAAAAGACCUAGGUAAGUCUCAUUAUUUAUUUGAAGAAGUUUUUAUCCAUCAUGAUCAAUUGACACAGGUUCAAGAGGAGCUACGCGGACGAUGGCAAGAGGAGCUCACUUUCGAGAAGCGUGCUCUAGAAGAGCAAGUUGAUAAAUUGAAGAAGCAAUGUCUGCAGCUUCGCAUGGGUGCUGUGCUAAACAACAGGAGGUAGCAUUGAAUGCUUUUUUCUAUUUCAUAGGUUGGUCGGCGUCGGGUGAGCUGAUCGAGCAGCUAGAUAUUCGAUUUUGCUUGUUCCGUGUCGGAAGAAAAUUUGGCGUCUAGGAGGAUGCGAAGUCGAGACUCGCUGUGCGCAAGUGGGCCCUUGUCAUUGUUGUUGGUUAUUCUUUAUUUUUUUUUGAUUCAACAUGUGAUAUGCAUUGUUCACUUAGGUUUUGCUAUGGAUACAAUAUCAACAAGGUUCCAAUAUUCGUUCACGGAAGUAACGCGAAGAAAACACGCGUGACUGGCUUUUCCCCUUAUUUUACUCGUAUUUGGCGACGCAUUCAUAGCUCUAUCUGUGUUUCUACCCCAUGGCAAGAUGGCGAAAAGGAUUCACUUGUUUGAUGUAUUUAGCGUGUGCGAUGCACGAAAGCAUGUAGGACUUACGCAAGGUGGAAUAGGCUUAGAUUCACCUAGAGUGGACAUAGAAAUGAUAAAAACAAGAUGUUAAUGGGUAGUCGAGUCAAGUGGAAAAGGGCAGGACGAGGAAUUCACAGGAGCACCGGAGAGACUUGCUUCGAGACUUGGCAAAGGACACUUCGUUGCUACGCAGGACACUCUGUUGACACCAGGAGAGCAUGCAAACUGCCUCCACGAGGUUUGUCUAGAU